AUGUCAUCUGACCAUAUAUCAGGUGGUGGAGCUUCGAAGACGAAGCAUAAGUGGAGCGCGAGCGGAAACCAGACCCAGAACCGAUCCAGGCCAAUGGUGGUCGCGAGACACGAGCGCUCGAUUCCUCUCGCCUCUCCGUCGAACUCGUUCGCGUCGGAGGACGAACACAACAUGCUCAAGAUAAAUCUGAGCUCGAUUUCCAAGCUCGAGGUUAGGAACUUGAAGCGGAAGCUGAACGCCGAGCUAGGCGAGGUUAGGAGCUUGAUCAAGCGGUUGGAUCCCCAAGGUGGAAACAUUGCGUCCAUGGCAGCUAAAACCGCUGCAGCAACUGGGAGAAGCAAGAAGCUGAAAACAGGGAAUAACGGAGGCAACAAGAAGAGUGGCCAUGGAGCUGAUAAAGGUACGGUUCAGAUUUUCAAGAACUGCAACAAUCUGCUUACGAAAUUGAUGAAGCACAAGUCUGGAUGGAUAUUCAAUGCGCCGGUGGAUGCUAAAGGACUCGGCUUGCAUGAUUACCACACUAUUGUGAAAGAGCCUAUGGAUUUGGGCACAGUGAAGACUAAGCUUGGGAAGAGUCUGUAUGAUUCGCCGUUGGAUUUCGCUGAGGAUGUGAGACUCACUUUCAACAACGCCAUCUUGUAUAAUCCGCUUGAGCACGAUGUGCAUAACAUGGCUAAGCUUUUGCUGAGCUUGUUUGAAGAGAAAUGGGUUUCCAUUGAGGCUCAGUAUGAUAAUCUCCACAGGAAGCUCAAAUCAACUCGUGAAAUCGACUUCCCUCGUCCUGCUGCUUCAACCAUUGCUCCUGUUGUAGAGCCGUUACGAGCUCCUGUUGUGGAGCCUUUACGAGCUCCCACGCCUUCCCCGUCUCCUCCUCCUCCUCUCCCGCCACCUCCGGUACUUGAGAACAGGACUUUGGAGAGAGCGGAAUCUAUGACAACACCGUUGGAACGUGAACCUGUUGUCGCCGAGAAGCCUGAAGAAGUAGAGGAAGAAGAUGAAGAAGAAGAGGAGGAGGCGCCUGUUAAUAGCAGGGACCUGACGUUGGAUGAGAAACGGAGACUCAGUGAAGAGCUUCAGGACUUGCCGUACGACAAGCUGGAGACAGUUGUUCAGAUUAUAAAGAAGAGUAAUCCAGAGCUCUCUCAGCAAGAUGAUGAGAUCGAGCUGGAUAUCGAUAGUCUUGACAUCGAAACGCUUUGGGAGCUUUAUAGAUUCGUGACUGGGUACAAAGAGAGCUUGAAUAAGAAGAACGAGGAUCAGGGAUUUGGUUCGGAGAGAGAUGCUGAGUCUGUUCACAAUAUUAUCCAAGAACCGACUACUCUAGCAACUGGCACCGAAACAUCGAGAGUUCAUGAAUCAGGAAAAGCAAUUCGGACGUCAUCUCCUGCUCGGCAAGCAAGUGGAUCAAGUAGUUCUAACAGUUCUAGUAGUGACUCAGGGUCUGGCUCUAGUGAUUCUGACAGUGAUAGCUCCUCAGGACGUGGAUCAGAUACUGGUAAUUAG